AUGUCAACGCUCUCGCAUCACUAUCCUUCUCUUCUUCUUCCUCUUCUCCUGCUACUCAAAUCCUUCACAACCCCAACGUCUUCCUCAUCCACACAGGCUUUCAUCUUUGGCCGUUGCUCUCAGGCUAAGUUCACGCCGGGCUCUGCCUAUGAGUCUACCGUCAACUACCUUCUCGCUUCCAUCGUCAAAGCCGCCAUGUUCUCCUCCUACAACAACCUCACCGUCCCUCACUCCUCACAGGACACCCCCAUAUGCGGCCUUUUCCAGUGUCGCGGCGACCUUGCCGCUGCCGACUGCUCCCGCUGUGUUGGCCAGGCCGUCUCCCAGCUUGGCACUAUCUGCCCCUACUACACCGGCGGUGCCUUGCAGCUCGACGGUUGUUUCGUUAAGUAUGAUGAUUCCAAGUUCUUGGGCAUGGAGGACAAGACUUUGGUGGUUGAGAAAUGUGGGCCGACGACUGCAUUGACUUCGGACGUGUUGACUCGGAGGGACGCUGUGCUCUCGUAUUUGGAAACGUCCGAUGGGGUGUACAAGACGUUUAGAACGACUAGCUCAGGGGAUUUGCAGGGCAUGGCACAGUGUGUAGGGGAUUUGAGUGCACCCCAGUGCCAGGAUUGCCUCUCAAACGCGAUCAGACGGCUAAGAGAAGAGUGUGGGCCCGCUCAGUGGGGUCGGGUAUACUUGGCCAAGUGCUGUGCGCGCUACUCUGAAGGUGGGGAUUACUCGUCCGAAGAAAACGAUAAGCGUAAAAACAAGAACGGCGAUGAAUUUCAGAACACACAGGUAAUAAUAGUUGGUGUCAUAGCAAUCGUAGCAGUGGUGGCUCUGCUCAUCAUAUUCAUUUCAUUCUUGGCCAAGCUGUGCAAAAGCAAAGAGGUGAUAUUCCAGCAGGUUUUCAAGCAGCAGCAUCAGAUUCAAUUGCUGAGCCCCACCAAAAUGUUCUGCAAAAGCAUACUUACUUCUUCGACAGGAACCAGGACGGCGUCGUCUACCCCUGAGAGACUUUACGAGGGCUUCAUGCAAUCGGUUGCGGCAUCUUCUUGUCUUCUGUAUUUUCACUUUUCCUCCAUCUGGCUCUCAGGAAAAUGCCCUUCUCUGUUUUUACCAACUAGAGUUAGAAAUGUCCAGGGGGGCAAGCAUGGGAGCGACUCCGGUGUUUAUGAUUCUCAAAGAAGGGUUGGUAGCUAUGCAGAGUGGACAUUUUUGUAUUAUCUUUGCAAAGACAAGAAUGGUUUACCACGCAAAGAAACAGUGAGAGUUGUUUAUGAUGGUACCUUUUUUCAUCAGAUGGAAAAGGACCACUCUUCCAACACUACCCUCUAA